AUGCCGGUGAGCAGGAUCGCCAUCGGCGCCCCGGGGGAGCUGUCCCACCCGGACACCUUCCGCGCCGGCGUCGCCGAGUUCAUCUCCAUGCUCAUCUUCGUCUUCGCCGGCUCAGGCUCCGGCAUGGCCUUCGGCAAGCUGACUGACGGCGGCGCGACGACGCCGGCGGGGCUUAUCGCGGCGGCGCUGGCGCACGCGUUCGCGCUCUUCGUGGCCGUCUCCGUGGGCGCCAACAUCUCCGGCGGGCACGUGAACCCGGCCGUCACAUUCGGCGCCUUCGUGGGCGGCAACAUCAGCCUGCUCAAGGCCGUGGUGUACUGGGUGGCGCAGCUGCUCGGCUCCGUCGUGGCCUGCCUCCUCCUCAAGAUCGCCACCGGCGGCGAGGCCGUGGGCGCCUUCUCGCUCUCCGCCGGCGUCGGCGUCUGGAACGCCGUGGUGUUCGAGAUCGUCAUGACCUUCGGGCUCGUCUACACGGUGUACGCCACCGCGGUCGACCCCAAGCGCGGCGACCUCGGGGUGAUCGCGCCCAUCGCCAUCGGCUUCAUCGUCGGCGCCAACAUCCUCGCCGGCGGCGCCUUCGACGGCGCCUCCAUGAACCCCGCCGUCUCCUUCGGCCCCGCUGUCGUCAGCGGCGUCUGGGAGAACCACUGGGUCUACUGGCUCGGCCCCUUCGCCGGCGCCGCCAUCGCCGCCCUCGUCUACGACAUCUGCUUCAUCGGCCAGCGCCCCCACGAGCAGCUCCCCACCGCCGACUACUGA